UGGCGGUUGCAGCUCCGAGCCGUUGAGACGCCUACUGCGGCAGCUGGUGGCGCAGGUGGCCGGCGUGGACGUGGGCAGAGGCGGCCAGCUCGCCCUGCAGCCCCAGCGCCGCCGCCCCGCAGGCGCGUCGGGACACCCCGAGGCAUCCUCCUCCAGCCCGCGGGCCCGCCAGUCCCCAGCUCGCGUCCACCACGCUCGCAUCUCCGGAUCGCGGCUGCGCUGCUCCCCCUUCUGGUCUUGGGACUCCCGGCGUCGCCCCCUCAGACAUGACUCGCGAUUUCAAACCUGGAGACCUCAUCUUCGCCAAGAUGAAAGGUUAUCCUCAUUGGCCAGCUCGAGUAGAUGAAGUUCCUGAUGGAGCUGUAAAACCACCCACAAACAAACUACCCAUAUUCUUUUUUGGAACCCAUGAGACUGCUUUUUUAGGACCAAAGGAUAUAUUUCCUUACUCAGAAAAUAAGGAAAAGUAUGGCAAACCAAAUAAACGAAAAGGUUUUAAUGAAGGAUUAUGGGAGAUAGAUAACAAUCCAAAAGUGAAAUUUUCAAGUCAACAGGCACCAACUAAACAGUCAAAUACAUCAUCUGAUGUUGAAGUUGAGGAAAAAGAUACUAGUGUUUCAAAGGAAGAUACUGAUCAUGAAGAAAAAGCCAGCAAUGAAGAUGUGACAAAAGCAGUUGAUAUAACCACUCCAAAAGCUGCUAGGCGAGGAAGAAAGAGAAAGGCUGAAAAACAAGUGGAAACAGAAGAGACGGGAAUGGUGACUGCAGCAACAGCUUCUAAUCUGAAAGCAAGUCCUAAGAGAGGCCGACCUGCAGCUACUGAAGUCAAGAUUCCAAAACCAAGAGGCAGACCUAAGGUGGUAAAACAGCCCUGUCCUUCAGAAAGUGACAUGGUUAUUGAUGAAGAUAAAAGUAAAAAAAAGGGGUCAGAUGAAAAGCAGCCUAAAAAGCAGCUUAAAAAGGAGGAAGAAGGCCAAAAGGAAGAAGAAAAGCCAAGAAAAGAACCAGAGAAGAAAGAGGGGAAGAAAGAAAUUGAAUCUAAACGGAAAAAUUUAGCUAAACCAGGGGUUGCAUCAGCCUCUGAUUCUGAAGAUGAAGAUGAUCAGGAGGGUGAAAAGAAGAGAAAGGGUGGAAGAAACUUCCAGACUGCUCACAGGAGGAACAUGCUGAAAGGCCAACAUGAGAAAGAAGCUGCAGAUCGGAAACGCAAGCAAGAGGAACAAAUGGAAACUGAGCACAUUAAUCCAGUAACUGAAAAGAGAAUACAAGUGGAGCAUACAAGCGAUGAAGAUCUUGAGACAGACUCAUUGGACUGAAUUUUCCCCUCCCCCCCUGAUGGAAGAAAUGUUCCAGAUUCUAAAUUGAGGACUUCACUAUUAAUGGCAUUAUUAACUGUGUUAAUGAUUGUUAACAAAAUAUCCUGUAAGGUACACACUACAUAUUAAGGUUGGCCAUCAUUCCUGUUUUUCUUUUUUCUUUUUUUAAAACCAAGCUUAAAAUGAAGCUUUGUGUUUGAAAGUUAUAAAAAACUUAGAUGAAGAUGGUGGUUGUACAUUAUUUCAUUUAGAAAAUAUGAAAACUCAUUUUGUUUUGAAGCUAGGUGUUAAAAUGGAAUAGCUAUUACGUUCUUGAAAAAAUGGGCAGCUGUGCCCUUCCCUUGACAUUCUUUUGUUGUUAAAUUCUUUAGAGUCUUGGUUUUUUCUUUUUAAUCCUGAGAGAUUAAACAGUAGACUUGUUAAGUAAAAAAAUGAAAUUGUAACCAAAAUUUUAAAAUAAAGUUUUUUUUUAAAAAAACCUGAUUUUUAGGUAUUUUUUUGUUCUUGUCUAUAUUAAUUGGUUCAUAAUAGGGCCUGAAUGCCAAGCCAAGGUACUACUAGAACGUAAAAUUUCUAAUUCAAGAGGUUAUUUUUGUUCAUCUUAGUAAAAUGGUACUUUUUCAUUUAUGAAUGGUGUGGUAAACAUUAGUGGAUAUCACUUAUCUUGUUAACAAUGGCCUCCUUUCUAAUUAAAAAACGCAUAAUAUCUUAAAGCAAGUCUAUUUACUUUUGAAGCUAAUGUUAGAGUCCCUUGAAUUAUCUGACGUUUGGAGAUGUGGGGAACAACUUAAUUGGUAUAAUUUAAUAUUCUUUAAAAAAUAGUUGUAGGAAAAGGAGUUUGAUAUAAAAUUCCUUAUGCACUUAUUUAUAGGUGGUUUCUUCCCAUUGUGGCCUGUUAGUCCAGUGAUCUUGAAAUUGGAUUACAAUUUUUAGCGUUACAUUUCAAUGUGACUGUUUCAAAGUCAUGCUGUGAUAUCACUGAAAGACCAAUUUUCGCAUGUUUGAGUUUUGCCUGUAUUUAUGUUAAUACUGUAGAGGUGCAUAGUUCUAGAAACUAGUCAGUGUCCUGCUUUUUUUAUUUUCAAGGAGCAUUUUUAAAAACCUUUACAUAGGGGAAUAUUGGCAUCUGCUAACCUCAGUCACAAAGUUU